GAACAUUACAGCGUCAGGACCCUAAAUAUAUCAACUCAAAUCACAAAUCAUGAAGGUAUCUAGUCUAGUUUCAGCUACUGUAUUAGCUAUCGCCAUGAUAGAUGGCACAACUGCAGGUCGACUGCCGUCGGCAAAGUCUCUUAUGACGCAACAUCAUACAAUCAAGCGCAGAGAAGAAUUUAACAGUUACCCUAAAAAUGGAACCAUCACGGUCACCGGGACGGGUCGAGUGGAUGUGUUCUCUGAUUUGACUAAAAUCAGAUUUGCGAUUUACAAGUCCGAAAAAUGUGACCUGACCAAACCAGCAAAAGAUUGCGAAGCGGCAAAGGCUACUCAGCGCUUGAAUGAAGUCUCAUCCGCGGUAGUGGGAGCACUCACGGAUGACGACGACGUUGUCGGUGUAUAUACCGAAGGCCAGGACUUCUCCCAAGAAAAAGAGUGGUAUACCGAUGAACAAGUAGAAGCCAUCGCAAACGCAGCGUGUGCCCCUUGUCCGUCUUAUUUAUACAGCGGAGAAGAGAAGGAAUACUUGUCACAAUACAAGGCUAAUGCCGAGUUCAUUGCGAUAGUGCAGACAAGCGAGCAAGGGCGACUUCUAGAUCUGAUUGUACAAUCCGGGGCGAAUGCUAUUACCGAUAUCUCCACGUACAUCUCGCCCGAUGUUAUGAACCAGGCCAACAUCGAUGCAGUCACCGCAGGAGCGCAAGAUGCGUUGGAUCAAGCUACGGCUGUGAUUGAUCAAUUACCGAGGACCAAUUCAGGCCGCUGUAACUUAUACAGAAGAGAUCGAAAUUCCUUUCAACGAUGAUUCCUUUUCAAGCAUAGCAGCCAAUGUGGAGGAGAGGAAGCCCGUCUUCGAUAGUGAGGGUACUAUCACGGCAACAUAUACGACCGUAGCGUAUUUCGUUGAGGUGAAACUGUUCUUUGCCGAUUAGAAAACAAAAAAGAUGUAAACUACUAAUAACAAUUUUCAAUUAAAAACCAAUAAAGAACUGAAUAGGACCAAAACGAGCUACAAGGUGUC